UCAGAUCAGACAGAUGUAACUCGGACUGUUGGUCGUUACGCACAUGCGUGUCUCGCUCGCUAUAAGAGGCUUGAUUCGUCUCUGUACUGUAUGUCUUUAAUAAAGACGUCUAUUUCGGUAAUUCUUAUAGAGAUUCCUAAAAGGUUUCUGGUUUUGUGAAAACAAAGAGAUCUGUAAAAACGUGUGCGGUUAGAUAGCGAAGACAGAAAAGUUGCUAUUUUUCAACCAGGAAGUAGCUAUAGUGACUAGGAAGUUAUUGGUGCUAUUUUUAGACGGUGAAUAGAAUGUCGUCUGCAGUUACACGCGUUAGAACUGGAUGAUACAGAACCUGACCUGAGAGGGGACGAUUGGUAGCAUGUACGCGGACUGGACAGUGGUCUUGGCCCUAUCACUGACGGUCAACGGGUGUGUCUUACUACAUUGUUUGUGUCUGAAGGGACGUUCGUACCUGGCCAGGAAAUGUUGCUGUAACAAAUACAAUGCGCUGAUUGUGGUUAGCCAGGUGUACGACGAUAAGCCGGAUCAGUUAGCCAGAAGAGUGACGGAACAGUUGGUGCUGGUGCUUGUUGUAGUCCUCAGUUUGGUCCUUAUAACAACAUCCGGGGUUCUUUCCUCGCCAUUUCGGAGUGACAUCGACCAAGCCUUUUCGGUUCCUAUACAAGUCACGCUUGGCAUUUAUCUUGGCAAAUACAUUUACAUCAUAGCCCAACAUAUCCACGUGCAGAAACCCACAAAUAUGGCGCGACUGCGCAUUGAUAUUGUGCAUCAUUUCACAACAAUCGUCUGCUAUUCAAUUUUUGUGAUAUUUAUGCAGAAUUUACUUUUGGCAUUAAUCGGGAUCACCAUGGAGAUGAACACUACAUUGAUCGAGUUCUCCAAGACAGCUAAAGACAUUAAUGAGAACAAGACAAGUUUUUACCGGAAGUUGAGCGUAGUUGGUUGUGCUUCUACAACAUUGUUUCGGGGUGUUGUACCGUUUGUAUUCUUAGUGUUUUGUAUUUUUCGAGAAACGCCAUUCGACAUGAGUUAUUCGCCGCUUACCGCAUUUUUUGUAAGUUUGAUAUUUUUUUCUGUGAUCAAUGUUUGGUUAAUACUUAAUUCAUUCCAGAGACUGUACAAUGUUUACAGGUAUCACAGGAUGGGUAUGACCGGACGUGAGGACUGUACUGGACCCACAUGUGCACCAGGAACCACGAGUGCUGAUAUGCGAAACAACAAUCUUGGAUAUAUGCGGAGCUAUGAUAAUAGAAAUAUUACAACUUAUGAAGAUGAAAAACUUAAUAUCAAUAAGAAAAAUUUUACCAAAGAUAAUAUCAGAAUGCCAUUUUCAUUGCAUAUUGACAAGAUGGCGGACAAUCGUUGUCUGAUUUUACCAAGAUCUCCAGAGGAUCUAGAAGAUAAUGCUAACAAUGAGAGAUUAAACGCUUCAAGAAUUAGAAACGACAUUGGAAGUUCACGAGGAAGCACCAAUUCAUUUAACUCGGAUAUGUCCGGUGAUCACUAUGUGACGAUUUUACCCGAAGUUAAUAACGUGCAGUUUGCAUCACAUCCAGUAUUGAAUACAUCGACAGGUCAAAGGUCAUGUAAUGAAGCGACAUGUCUGAUGCCACACCUGCCCCCUGUCGGUGUUAAAAACAACAUUCAUUCCGCGGAGGCGGACAACGUAUCUAGUGACGAGAACAGCUCGUGAUAAUUUAUUCUUCGUCUGUUGUGUAAAGAACGCUGGUAUUAAAACAUGUUAUAUGUAAUAUUACUAUCAGUAUUGCGUCAAUAACUGCUAGCCUUUCCAUAGUAAUGUCGUAUAUAUCGCAAUGUUUUUCAUUAUUUAUUGAUAAUAAUGACUAGAAACAUACGAGAUCAAUAUAUAGACUGCCCAACAGAAUACAAUAAAAAUAAUUGAUGAAAAUCUUAGAUCUAAUGUUGUUAUGAACUUUACUGUGAAUGUCUUCCUAAAUAUUUCUAAUGCCCUUUUGGAGAGUUGAUAGUGUAUAACACUAAAACAUGAUGUACGUGAUAUCAGUCAUGUCAUUUAUCGAUUAUUUGACAUCGUUCAAUUUUUUUAUUGUGAAGUUAUCGCUAACUAUCAUGACACUCGAGUCAAUAUUACUAGGAUAAAGUGAAAUAUAUAUGAUUUUAUACUAUUUAAUGGAUGUUACAUUAAAGAUACCU